AUGUUGGAACCAACUUUACAUGCAUUGUCAUCAUUAAGAGUCAUUUUGGCUAGUGGAUCUCCAAGGCGACGUGAAAUUAUUAAAAAUUUGGGAAUAAAUGUUGAAUGUAUAACGUCAAAGUACGACGAGAACCUUGACAGAAAUAAAUACAGCAACCACGGGGACUACGUCCAAGAUCUAGCUUAUUACAAAGUCCAAGAUGUGUUUAAUAAUUUAAAAAGUGACAGCGCAAAACCGUCAUUAAUUAUUGGCGCUGACACAAUAGUGACACUUGGAGAUGAAAUUUUCGGUAAGCCCAAAGACGCUGCUGAUGCUGUAAGAAUUUUAUCCAGUUUAGCAAACAAGGAGCACGUUGUUUACACAGGCGUUUGUAUGAAGACAAUGGAAAAAGAAAUAAAAUUUUAUCAGAGCGCUAAAGUUACAGUUGGAGAUAUUUCUAUGGAACAGAUUGAGUCUUACGUUAAAACUGGAGAACCUAUGGACAAAGCAGGUGGUUACGGAAUCCAAGGAACAGGAGGCUGUCUAAUCGAAUCAAUAUCCGGCGACUUCUACACAGUAAUGGGAAUGCCACUGUACACACUGGUCAAGAAUUUGAAUCAGCUGUACUCGUCAAAAUAA